AUGUCCGCAGCCUUUCAUCAUCUUCUUGGCCUCUCGUCGAGAGCGGCGGCCGCGCAGCUACAGCUCCGACAGCUGAGCUCCCGGUCGGCAGCGCACCAGCAACGCCAGUUCGAGUUGCUGGUGCCGGCGCUGCAGGCUUUCCAGCGUCUUCACGGCCACUAUGCCGUCCCGCUGCGCUUCACCGUCCCCAGCGGCCACCAUCCUGAAGCUGGCCAAUGGCCAGAGGAGCUGCAAGGAAUGAAACUAGGCACAGCCAUCUCGAGGUUUCUGAAAGCCUGCGCCUCGGCUAAGAAGCCUUCAAAGCGACGCGGACUGGACGAAGUGAGGAUGCAGCUCCAGCAGUUGGGGCUGCCGGACGUCGAGGACUGGAAGCGAUUCCUCUGGGAUGAAGUGACCGUGCCGGCAUUGCAGACGUACCAGUCGAUACAUGGAGAUCUGUUGAUGCCAGUCUCCUUCACGGUACCUGAAGGAGAUGAGGCGUGGCCACGCUCGACGUGGGGAUACAAGCUCGGCUACUGGACUAGUGAGCUCCGCCGCAGCAAGGACAAGCUGCUGCCGUACCAACUGGACGACCUGGAGAAACUCGACUUCAGCUGGAAUGCGCGUGAAGCUCGCUGGAACCGCUACUUUAUUCCAGCUGUGCAGAAGUACCAAGAGCUGCAUGGAAGUUCUCAGGUGCCGCAGAGCUUCGUUGUGCCCCGCGACCACCCGGACUGGCCAGCAGAGCUUGGAGGCUAUCGCCUGGGGCAGAAGGUGAACAAUUUGCGCUGCGGCGACCCUCUUGGCACAGGACCAAAGGCCGAAGAGUGGCAGGAGGUGGAGUUGAUCUACAAGAACUGGAUGCUGCUCGAAACUCUGCAUGAAGUGGAAGGAAGCGGCGUCUUGGAGGAAGAAGAACGCGAAAAGACAAUCAACCAAGAACUAAAGGAAUGA